UUGAUUGCCAGAGUUCGCAUUGUUCAUGUCUGUUAUUCUGUUCAGGUUUUAGCCCACACAGCUGCCAUUGUGAUGUUUACCCUCCUCGUCAACGCCACGACGAUGAAAAAGUUACUCGACAAACUCGGGAUGAGUGAGAUUUCAGACUCGAAGAAGAUCGCCAUGGCUAAUGCCGUGAGACAGGUACAAGAGAGUAAUCAGCGCACACUUACAAUGCUGAAAGCAGACCGCUUCCUGGCUGACGCUGACUGGGAUAUGGCUGAACGAGAUUGCGAAAUGGGUAACCCUUAUGUGGAAAUAGACGACGGCGAGGUAAUUCGUCAUUUUAGAAACGAGAGGGAAACUGGACCGAGUUAAAAUAUCGGGCCAAUUGUGAGACGCAUUUCGGGUCCAGUUCCUCUCUCGUUAAUUCCAAGUGGCAAAUUAGCAGUCAUUGAAUUCAGGUAUGAUCUGAAGAAUUUUUGCAGAUCGACGGGAGAACACCCUUCGAGAAUGAAUAAUAAUCAACCUUACGCAAAACCAUGAAACCGAGGAAGAUGAAAUAGCACUGUUGAUCAAGUCUCGCGAUUGUACUGAUUGAUUCAGUGUGAAGCACAAUUGUUUUUUUGCGCCCCAUGUAAGGGAAUGCGGAUUCCGGAAUCCGAGAAAAUUUUGUUUAUGGCAUUUGGAAUCCUUGGUUUUGAAAUCCGGAAUCCCACUGACGAUUAGAAUCCAGAAUCCAAGUUCCACUGGCAAAUACUGGAAUCCAGUAGCUGUGAUCCGAAAUCCACAGCAUGGAAUCCAGAAUCCAAGACUGCCCUGGAUUCCCUUACAUGGGGCGAUUUUUUGUUAAUCCAUUGGAUAAUGAUUCAGUUCGGGUGGAUCAGUAUCGAACUGUCAAUCAUCCAUCGCCAAAAUAAUUUUAGGUUGUUUAGAUUAGAGUGAUUUUACUUAACCCGUGAAAUAUGUAGUAGAAUGCUACGCAAUAUUAUGCAGUAAUUCUUUUGUCUUCUUUUGCUUAUUUAUAGCUAUUUCGCACUAAUUGUUAUAAUCAGUUUCACGGGUCAAGUAAAAUCACUCUAAAGUAAUAUGUAUUUGGUGUUAGGCUACUUUUUUUUGCUUCAUUUUUAAAAUGUUACUGCCAUUGAUAAAGAAAAGCAGCUUUGAACGGUUGGACCAUCUCUUGCCUACCAUGUUUAUGUCGUUAAUAGAAACUCAGUUAGAAUUUCAGGUCGUCCGUUGGAUUGAUCAUCCGAAGGUUGAUAGUUCGAUAGAUCAUACAAUCCCUUCCUUUUUGGGACGUCAAAAAUACCUUUAUGAGCUGAACGAGGAGAGACAUUGGCUUUGCAAUUGCAUGUUCCAUAUUCGUACAUUUUUGUGCUCGCAGCCGACAACAAAGAUCAAAAGAGAGCUUUCGUGGCGGAGACAUGAACACACAGAGGUUAAUUCUGUUUCAUCUCUGUUGACGUUCCUUAGUUACAAAACCUCUCCACAGAGCUGUUACGAGAGAAAAAUUAUAAGACCUUUCCUUUAGCUGGCUCACUAUCACAGGGGAAUUAGAUUCCUUGUAUCGACUUGUAUUGUGGAAGGCUCUUCUUUCUUGUGGAACACGUACCCUAUGCUAAUAGUAUACACACUCCUGUACUUUUGUUCUUAGCACGCGGAAGAGACUCCUUUGCUAGUUCGCCUUAGCACUUGUCCAAACUGUGAAAGCAGCGUUCCUAACGAACCAUCGCCCAAAGAAUUCGCCGAAAUGGCAAACGAUGGUAGAGUGCGAUUGAUAAAAGCAUUGAAAGUCAGCUAUUGGAAGCAGUUUGAACAUGGUAUGCUGUCUCGAGAGGCAGUGCAGGCAUUGAUCAAUCUGGCCGAUACUGCAAUGGAUGAAGAAGAAAGGUACAACUGAAUAAAGAGUUACAGUCAACUUUCUCUUGACGACUUGUGGUAUAAGAGUGAGACCUCUUUGAAACGGAUACCUAAAGCUAAUCCAGCCGUUCUUGAGUAAUUUUCUUUUACUCCCUAUAAAGUUUAAACCCUUCUAAGUUUAAGACAGGCACUUAGCUCAGGCCCUGGCAGUCUCCAUUUUAAUUCAGGCAACAGGGUGUUUGAAAAAUCUAUAUCGCAACUGGGUGUAAAAGAUAAGAAGGGAUUUUCAUAGAUGCGUGAUCAUAAAUGAAAAAUAGUUGAGAAGGCUUUCGAGCUAGAAACAGUUUAACCUGUUAAAAAAUGGAUGUGAAACAAACUUAGCAAUAGACCCCUCCCGUAUUCCUUUCAGUGAGCUCACACAAUGAAAGGAGCUUGUGGCCUGGUUGACCAAUCUUAUAAAAGUCACGCCCAACGAUUCGAGUCGAGUUUUUGUUCACAGGAAUACGAAAAUGGUUUAUUGUUCAGUAUUUCAAUUGUAUCUACACCAUCUACAGUUCUUUCAAUAAAGACAAAUCAAAAUCUUAGCCCUUUUCCGGCGAUAGUCGCCAAAAGGAGAACUUCACGUUAUCCAUGUUUAAAGAACCGUAAAGUAGGCACCGUGUAGUUAUAUAAGCUCGACAACAAAGCUACGGGGAACUUUUUGUAUAGCUUGUUUUUUCUCGGAUUGAUAAUGCUUUUUUUGUUGACAGUUUUAUUGAAGUGGAUGACUUACAGCCCUAUUGGAGGGUGCCACCAUCUCUACAAAAGCUGGUACGUGUCUUUCUUCGUAUUAUAGUAUAUUAUAAUAUUUUGAGUUCUACUAACGAUAAAAUUUUGUUUUCAUUUCUCACUCACUCUACGCUUUGAAGAUUCAUCAGUAAGGCUACUUGGUACGGAGCUUCAAAGUUCAUUAUAUUUACUGCUGUGCUGUGAUAAUUAAGGCCAAAGAAAAACACAUUUCAAAUGAAUUCAUGUUGCAGAUUAAAACAGCAUAACUUCGGGUAUAUAAGUAAGGCUAUUGGCUGAUAUUUACUGUUAAAACAAAAAAGGGCAAAAAAACACGAUUCAAAUAAAAAAACGGUGAAGAUUAAAACAGCAACUUCGGGUUUAAGUUUAGGGUUUUUGGCAGCAUUUUGAAACAGAUCGGUCGAGUCUCGGAAAGUUCUGAUCUUGGGCUAGUGAUGUUGAUGAUAAUGAUGAUGAUAACGGCGAUGGUGAUGAUAAUAAUCAUGAUGGUAAUAAUCAUGAUAAAAUGACGUUGAAAAUGGUGAUGAUGACAACGUUGACGAUAACGGUUGUACUGAUGGCGACGAUGAUGACGUGUCUUAACUCUAUAAUUUCUUUUUGCAUUAGAAAGACAAACUGGAGCAAAUGAAACACCACAAACCGGCUGAACGGGUACCCACGCCGAAUAACAAGAUUCUUUCCUUCAUGUACAGCGUGGCUGUACACGUAUCGUUUGACAUCGUUAUGAAUACCUUGAUCAUAAUCAACAUGGUGCCUAUCAUUCUGGAACUGGCCUCAGACGACGAUGCUCCUUACAUGAACACUUUGAACGUCAUCAAUUAUGUUUACUGUACCAUAUACGUCGGUGAAGCGGCCUGGAAGGUAUGUGUUGUCUAAAAAGCUUCCUUAUCUAAAUUCUUUUUUAGGUGUCUAGCUGUCUUUGAAUUUGAAAGCUACUUUGUCUAAAUUGUUUUGUAGGUGUCUGGCUGUCUUUUAAUUUAAGGUUUGUGUUGGAAGUUACAUGACUACUAAAAAAAUAUGAAAAUGAAUUGAUACUUCGUAAGUAAACAUAAAUAUGUCACUGAUAUGUUUUAUCUCAUUUGUUAAUUAUACCUCAGUCAAAUAUCAUAACCCCUACUAAAGGUGCAGUGACUUCUACAGAUAAAAUGCAUGUUACUGUGAAUAUUUUAUUACUGAAAUAUACGUUUUGUUGCAAAUCUUAAACGAAUAUAUUGUUUUUACAGAUUUUGGCUUUUCGUCGUUACUACUUCAAAGACUACUGGAACCUCCUCGACCUGUUUAUAGUUAUAUUGUCCCUUAUCGAUAUCAUUAUUGACCAGGCAGUCGAAGAAGGCACAGGGAAUUUUUCUCCAUCAAUCCUUAAAGUAGCCAAAGUUUUCAGAGUACUCAGAAUGGGCCGUCUUUUAAGGCUCUUCAAGGUAGGCCAUCUCAUCUAUUACUGACAAGUAACUUGUCACUUGUUUCCCCAUUUAUCUAUAGUUGUUUUCAACUUAAGUUUUCCUUGGCUCGUCUAAAAAGAAAACGCUUUUGGUCAGCAGUCUAAAUUUGUCUUCUCGAUAGCUACGAUCAUUGCGUGUGUGCGAACACAUUGAAUCACGUGAUUGAAUUAUUAGAAUGGUUUUUGAUAACGUAAAGAAUGCCAACAAAACCGCGAAAAGUUCAGUUUCAUGAACCAUGUCAUAAAAGACGAUUACAUGUAUUUACAUGUCGAUUUGAAUUUUGAAACAAACCUUCACAUUGUUUUGUUCGACUUCUGUUUUCGUAUCAGGAACAAUUCCAAUAAUAUUAACUGUCACUGCGUUAAGAAACCAUUUACCUCAAAGAAAAAUGAGAACAUUUUCAAAUCUACGAUCAGUCGCCCCAUGUAAGGGAGGCAAUACUGUCUUGAAUUCUGGAUUCCAUGCCAUGGGUUCCGCAUUCUCAGUCAGUGGAACUUGGAUUCCGAAUUCCAAUCGUUAGUGGGAUAGCGUGGAUUUCUUGAGCUGUUUUCCAGAUUUCAAAGCCCAGAAUUCCGGAUUCCACAACUCAAAAUUUCCCGGAUUCCAGAUUCCACAAGCAAAAAUAUCGUGGAUUCCGGAAUCCCAAUUCCCUUAAACGGGGCAAGAUCAGAGAACGCAUUGAGGUUUCUUGAGGGAGAUUUAAUUCACAAACUUUAGAAACGAAUCGACCGGGCGUACAACUCAUUUAGCAUUUUAUUUUCCCUACAGGCAGUUCUUCCAAAACUGAUAGACUCUGUGAAUAACAUUAUCAACCGUCAGUUGAGCUUUGGAUAUGAUGUUGGUAAAGGAUACAUUAUCGCCGAGGAAGAAAUCAUCAAGUUGAUAGAUCACAUGGUGGUGGAUAAAAGAAUCGCAAAGGAUUUAAAACAAAGAUCAGAACAGAACCGUUUGAAUGUCGUGAAAAGCCUGGGUAAGCAGGCGCGCUUGCAGCGUUAUUCUUCCUUAUCUAGGUUUACGUUUUUGACCUCGGCUACCAGAAGAUCUUAGUUCAGGCUGGAAUAAGAGUAAGAAAGAGGAUAGGGGAGGGUAAGA